AUGACUCAGCCAUCCUACAGACCCCCGCGUCCACUGACCCCUCUCGACCUUUCCCCUGAAGCCGCGUAUGACCAUCCUGCGCCCGGCCCCGAGCCCAGCUCUGACGAUGCGGACGGUGUAGAAGGAGGAUCCAUAUCACGGCAGCAAGCAGGUCGUGUAGGGCCGGGACGAGGCGUGGAUCUAGCCCUGUUGGAAAACGAGACACCCCGCAAGCACGGCAAGCGGCUGACGACGCGUGAGGAGACGGCGCUGUUUGAGAUAUGCAACAGGCACGCGGCUUCUUUUGGCGAGCGCAAUCGUCUCUGCGAAUGGUGGGUGAAUGUGACGCAGGAAUUUACCGCGUCAGAGGGACAUCCGUACUCGUGGCAUAGCGUACGACGGAAAGUGGAGCUCGUGACGCAACAGCGUAUUAAAUUCCUUGCGGGCCUGGACGGGAAGAGGAGGGACGAUCAGGCGGAUGCAGCAUGGAGCGCCGCCGUCGACUCCUGGAUUCCGUCCUGGAAGCGGUUUCAGGAACAGGAGAAUGAGCGCAUCAAUGCCAAGCAGGGCAAAAGGGGCCGCAAGAGGAAGUCAGUAGUUGACACUGAAGGGGUCGGGCUGGGAUACCAGCACAUGUUGCCUCCUGGGUUCGAGACGAUGUUUCCACCGUCAUCAAAGCCGUCCAAGCCCUCUCGAAUGGACGCGCCUGCUGCCCUGCCUGCCACCACUGCGCCUUCCACCACAGUGGAGCCCAUGCAGGCCCCUCCGCCUCAAAGGCAGCAGAAACAACAUCAGAAGCAGCAGAAGCAGCAAAAGCAGCAGCAGAAAAAUCUUGCCGGGUCGAUACCCGUUCAACCAACCCCGCAGCAGACAACCAUGCCCAACACUGGAGCAAUCAUGGCCGCUGCGACCUCCUCCUCGUCCUCCUCAGGCGCAGUCGCCGCAGCAGAACCCGACGUCGGCGCCGCGAUUCUAGAAACGCUAUCAAAACUCAACAAGAACCUCGAAGCCGUAUCGUCCCGCUCCCACCAGUCCAACGCCAUGUCUCUAGCUGCUGCUGCUGCCGCUGCCGCCGGUGGCGCCCAUCCCCUCCAACACCAGCACCAGCACCAGCACCAACAGCAAAACUCUUCUCAAAACCCCACAAUGGCCAACCAGCCCCACGCUAGCCAUAGUCGAACAGCAGCGACAGCAGCGACAACCGGGGCCCCCGCCGCAGCACCGCCGCCCGUUCAAACGCAGAUUCCAGCGUCCACGCUGCACCAGCUAAAAUCCGAGCUGCGCGCAGAGCUUCGACAGGAGAUUCAGAAGGAUCGCGCGCAGCUGGAGGAGAAGCUGAAUACGGUGCAGAGGACGCAGGAGAUGAUUCUGGAGCUGCUGCGGCAGGAGCCGCAGUAG